AUGCCGAACUUCUACAACCACCCCCGCGCGGGGCUCAUUACACCACCGGACUCAGGCCAUGCAAUGUACGGAUACCGCAACACUGGACCAGUUUCAUACAACCAGAACAGCAGGAAGAACGGGUAUGAUGGCGUAUCAUACGCCGCCCCUCCCGGACCACUGAUGUACCAGCCUCCACCAAUGCACUACAACAACAUGCCUUCAGUUGCUGCCCCGGGCAUGCCUAACCAGUCCUACGGACCAAUCGCUGCCCCGAUCUUGCCAGCUCCCAUCUCUGACCGCCCCGUUGAUGCCUCCGGCCGCAACACCGCACAGAGAUUCGAGCAACGCCCUCAGCAACCCCCAGCGAAGCAGGAGAAGAUCACUGGCGGCGUCGCCCAGGAGUUGGAUUAUGAGAUGGAUCAGAUGACCGACUACGUUUCAGACAUGGCCCAAUCAAUGUAUGCUCUCCUAUGCUCUCCUCACAUCCGCCUUGCAGAUAUUGACCUCGCCCGAAGUGUUAUGCCUGGCUCGAAAGUCUCCCCGGCCUUCCGGAAGUUCGUCUCUGGUCUCCUGUCCUCGACUCGCCUCCCGAGCUCGACCAUCCUGCUGGGAAUGAACUACCUCGCUCGCCGCAUGAGCAUGCUCAACAGUCCGACGCCUCGAAAGACCACCGACGGACAGGUUUGGCGCAUGCUGACCAUCGCUCUGCUCCUGGGAAGUAAGUUCCUCGACGACAACACCUUCCAGAACAGAUCUUGGUCAGAGGUCAGCGGCAUUGCUGUUUCUGAGCUCAACUCGCUCGAGAAGGAGUGGCUGCAGGCAAUCGAGUGGAACCUCCACGUCGAUCCCGUCACCGACACCGACUUCCACUCGUGGCUCGCCUCGUGGGCUAGCUGGAAGGAGACUAAGAACAAGCAGCGCAACGCGACCCUCGAGCGUCUCGCACCUCUUGCCGCUAUCGACACCAACGUUCAGCGCAACCAUGGUCAGCGCAAGCCGUACUCCCCAACAUCUGCGUCGUAUGGCUUCAACCAAGGCGGCAACGAGAACCACCCGCCUUCGGCGUACCAUGUUCCUACUCAGCCCCGAUACGAGCAAACUUCAUGGGCACAGGGCAGAGCACCACAUGAGCUGUCUCCUCCUUCCGCUCCCGAGUCUGGCCCAAACACUCCAGAGUGGAUGAUGCUGCCAAACUCUGGCCUGCCACCCACCGACUGGUACGGCUACGAUGCCUUCUACAACAGAAGAAACCAGCAGCCAUCAACUCACGUCUCGUACGCGCUUCCCCAGACCACUCCGUAUCAGACUCCAUACCACGGCCACUACUCCCAGAACCUCUGGGGUCACCACGCUGGGUGCGGAUGCGGGUACUGCGGUCGCCCAACCGACUCGUACUUCAUGCCCACUUACGGCCAGCAAACUGUCGCUGGUUAA